AUGGUCAACUUUUGUGCCCGAUUCAUCCCAAACCUUGCGACACUAGCUAAACCAUUACGAGACCUGACAAAACAGCAUGUCAAGUGGAAGUGGACCAGUACUGAACAACAUGCUAUGGACAGUAUCAAAUCUGUGUUAACCAGUGAAACAACAAUGGCUUAUUAUAAUCCCUCGCACAAAAUUGAAGUUCUUGUAGAUGCAGGUCCAGUUGGUCUUGGUGCUAUACUUGUCCAAUAUCCUACCACUAGAGAUCACAGUGCUUCGCCACGUAUUGUCAGUUAUGCCAGUCGGGUAUUAACUCCUGUAGAGACUCGCUAUUCACAAAUUGAGCGAGAAGCUCUGGCUAUUGUCUGGUCAUGUCAUAAAUUUCAUCUAUAUUUAUAUGGUACCCAAUUCUCUGUUAUUACUGAUCACAAGCCACUGGAACGUCUUUUCAACGACCCACAAAGCAAACCACCUGCUCGUAUUGAACGAUGGUUAUUAAAGGUACAACCAUAUCGUUUCAAUGUUCAGUAUCAACCCGGUUCUGACAAUCCAGCCGACUUUAUGUCCCGCCAUCCGUUGCCAUCAUCACCUACCAGCCAUGAGGAGAGAUGCGCUGAAGAAUAUGUUAAUUUCGUUUCAAUGUAUGCUGUUCCCAAGGCCCAAGCUACAAAAGCCGAUACCACACUUCAAGCUGUCAUUCAAGCAGUUCAAACCAAACAGUGGCAUAAUGCGAAACUCCAACCUCAUGUUGAUCGCAAGUCGGUAGAAUGUCUUUUUCACAUCCAAAGAGAACUGUCAGUUAACAGUGAUCAAAGUCUCCUCCUACGUGGUACCCGUAUAGUCAUACCAAGUAAACUUCAAAACCAUGUGAUAGACCUCGCACACGAAGGCCAUCAAGGCAUAUCACGGACAAAACAACUCUUGCGUGAGAAGGUCUGGUUUCCGACCAUUGAUAAACAAGUGGAAGAAAAGGUUAGCUGCUGCUUAGCUUGCCAAGUCACAACAAACACAAGCAACAUUGAACCAUUACGUAUGCCUGAAGCUAGCAAGAAUCCAUGGGAAAGUGUAUCAAUUGAUUUCUGCGGCCCGUUUCCCAGUGGUGAGUACUUACUUGUAUUGACAGGGACCGCGGAGACGGGGGGGCUGGGGGGGCUUUAGCCCCCCCACUUUUUUUGACAGCCAAAAUUAUUAAAAUAGAAAUCUAAAUGAAACUUUCUAAAUUAAUUAAACCUCACCCUUUAGCCCCCCCACUCUCUAAUACGCUCCGCGGGCCCUGAUUGAUUGAUGAUUACUCACGAUAUCCCGAAGUAGACAUUAUUAGAACAGUAGCCCAUACAACUGUUAUUCCCUGUCUUGACAAAAUCUUUGCUACUCACGGAAUUCCCAGAACGGUUAAAUCGGACAAUGGCGCCCAUUUAAUAGUACAGAAUUCAAACAGUUUGCUAAUUAUCUUGGUUUCCAACAUCAGCGUAUAACGCCCUAUUGGCCUCAGGCAAACGGAGAAGCCGAACGAUUUAUGAGAACGUUAAAGAAAACAGCUCGAACUGCCAAAGUUGAAGGCAGGUCUUGGAAACAAAACUUGUUUACCUUCCUCAGAAACUACCGAGCUACGUCCCAUAGUGUAACCCACCAAGCUCCUGCAAUCUUGCUAUUCAAUCGUGCCAUAAAUGUCAAGUUACCCCAGUCACAAACUGUAGCACCAGCUGACCCAAACCAUCAACAAGCACUUGAUGCAUCAUGUAAGUCAAGACAAAAGAACAAGGUCCACUUUGACAAACGAAACAAAGCCAAAUCUUCUGAAUUCAAAGUCGGUGAUGCAGUCCUGCUGAGAAACUCAAAGAAAGGUAAAUUGCAGACCCCUUAUGAACAUCAGAAAUACCAAAUUGUUAAGAAGAAAGAAUCGAUGAUUACAGCGUCAAAUGACAAUCGCCAAGUCACUCGGAACUCAUCACAUUUUAAAAAGUUUAAAGAAAAGAAAGGUGAAACAGAUAACCCAGGAAAUAAAGAAGAACAGCCGAGCAAGCAGAACACCAAUGAACGCCCGAAAAGGAAAACAAAACCACCAGCCUACUUUGGCUAUAAACAGUCAGAUAAGUAA